AUGGGCAAUUCCAACGAAACGCAUAAUCCGCAACUCCUCAAUGGCUUCGCCAGCGAGGACCACUCCGGCUACAGCCAAGACAACCUGCAGGCAUGGGAGCACAUGGCCGAGCAGUGGGAGACCUUCCAGAGCCACGAGGGCGCCGACGGCAAUGACAUGUUCAACCAGUGUCUUCUGCCGGUCGUCGCUGAGCUCGCCGGUCUGCCAACUGAAGGCGAGCCCCAGGUCAAAGAACUCGCGCAGUGGCAACCCGGUGAGCGGGUUCUCGACCUGGGCGCUGGCAGUGGUAUUCUCGCGCGCAUGUUCGCAAAGCAAGGCGCGCACGUGACCGGUCUCGAUUUCUCUCAGGCAAUGCUCGAACAGGGCAGGGAACGAGCGAAGCGGGAUAAGCUGUCUGGCAAGAUCGAGUACGACUAUAUUGACCUGAUGGACUACCCAAUGAUGGAGAAGUAUAUGAAGGACAAGGAACCAUACGACAUUAUCACGAUCAGCACGACAGUCAAGUCUCUGCCAGAUAUCGAGCCGCUUGCCAAGGCUUUGCCACUGAUGCUGAAGCCUGAAGGACGAAUCGUCAUCGUAGACCUUCACCCGGCCUUCUCAAAGCCCGCAGGCCAUCGCGGCAUGGAGAUCUUUGAGGACCCUAAGACCGGCAAGCAGCAACUGAGCACAUACAUCAAAGUGCCACAAUACCUCAACAUCCCACCAACCAAGAGCGAAGCUGUUCGAGGACAGCCAGAACCACUUUCGCAGUGGUUCUUCCACCGACCGUUCUGGUCACUCAUGGAUCCAUUCUUCCGAAACGGACUCGUGCUUGACGCCAUGCGAGAACCAGCUUUCAAGGGCGAACCAGUACCCUCACAAGCCCAAAACUACCACAACUUCCAGCAGACACCAAUGUUGCUGGCGUUUCGAUUACGGCAUGCCUUUCGCAAGUGA